AUGGAGUCAUCAAUGAAAUCCCUCUCCUCAUUUCACGAUCGGUAUUUGAAGUCAUUUCAACUCUUUUUAGAACGCUCCACUGAACAUCAGUGCAUGAAAAAAUUCUUUGACAAUGAUCUACCAGCUAUCAUAAACAGUAUCGGGAAAAGAGGAGUCUCCUGUCUAAAUGUGCUGGGAAUAGGAAGUGGUUCAGGUGAAAUGGACUUGGCAAUUCUUGAGCAAAUUCAUUCCAGGCAUCCAGGUGUUUCAAUUCACAACGAAGUGGUGGAACCUAAUGCUGGACACAUCUCCAAGUACAAAGAGCUCGUAAAAGAGAAGGGUCAAGGACUUAAUGCCUCUUUCACUUGGAACCAGAUGUAUACAACUGACUAUGAAAAGCAAAACAAGGAGAGAAAGGAAAGCAAGAAGUUUGAUUUCAUUCAUAUGAUUCAGUUGCUGUACUUUGUGGAAAAUGUGCAUGAUACCAUUAAGUAUUUUCACAGUCUUCUGGAAAGGAAUGGCAAACUUCUAAUAAUACAAGUUGCAGAUGAUAGCGGAUGGAGUUCACUUUGGACGAAAUUUGGAUCUCGUUUUCCUACAAGCAUUUCUCUUGAUGUGCAAAACGUGCUUGCUGAAAUGAAAAUGAAGUAUCAGAUUUAUGAGCAUUCCUCUGACUUUGACAUCACCGAGUGUUUCAUUGAAGGAAAUGAAAAUGGGGACUGUCUGUUGGAUUUCCUCACAGAUUCAGCAGAUUUCAGGAAAACCGCUCCUGAGGAUCUCAAAUCUGAAGUUCUUCAAUACCUACAUCAACCUUCAUGUUCAAGAGAGGAAAACAAGAAAAUUCUGUUUUGCAAUAAUUUGAAAUUCAUAGUAAUUGACUACUGA